AUGCUUGCUCUAAGAUGUGAACUAUCUGUGCUGCGUCGGACACACGCGGAGGCAAUGGCAGCAGCGGCCAAUGCUGCGGUAGAUACUCUGUCCUCUCGGGGCAACGGUACUAUCAGGGUCGCAAAGCAAGCAGACCCUACCUCAUCCGAACAAGAUUCGGAAGAUGAAGACACAGAAGAGUCUCAAAUGGACCGAUCUGCGGCGGAUCACGCGGAGCCACCGUGCAAAGAAUCUCAGUUUGUUAACGGUCCGUCCGUCGGUCCAGGGGAAUCGGCGUCCCCGGAUAAUUCACAUCCUGCGGAACUUGUCCUGGAUAAUCCACUGAUGCUGACUAACGGCCAUGGAGAAGACAGCUCUGUUCUAACCACAGACUCAUUUGAUUCCGGUCUACCUUGCCCCAGUCAUUCGGAUCUGUGCACACUACCGCGACGUCGCAUUAGUCGUAGCCAGUCCACCACUGCGAAAACAAAUGUUAUCCCAUUCGAUUCGUUGCAUCAAUUAAAAUCGGACCUAGCCGUGUGUCGGGAACGCGAAGCGGAUGCCCGAUCAGCUCUGUUGGAUCUGAAGACCCGGUAUCAUGAAAUGGAAGAGCUUCAACAUCUGUUUUGGUUUGCAAAAGAAGAUGACAUUCUUGUACCUUUUUUGGCGUGCUGUCGUCGUCAACUGACAACAUCCGUAGUUGUACCCUUGGCUUAA